AUGGAUUUGGAUUCUUUUGUCAACAAAACAAUUUCUGUAAUUACCGGAGAUGGUCGAAAUAUUGUUGGAUUAAUGCGGGGAUUUGAUCAAACAGUAAAUAUUGUAUUGGAAGAUUCUCAUGAACGAGUUUAUAGUUUGGAAACUGGAGUUGCUCAAAUACCUCUUGGCCUUUACAUUGUUCGCGGGGAUAAUGUGUGA